AUCUCUGUCGGUGCGCGGCCGAUUCACGUACACGUACCCGGCUGGCCCACAAACGCAAGGAUAACUUUACACAGUUUACAAAAACUACAUUAGCUCACACAGGGAAAACUAAAGGGAGCAAAAUUAAAAGCAGAUAGCAAUAACAGAGCUGUUUAAGUCGCUUCGGCUGGGACUUGCAGAUCGGUGUGGAACGUUUCACAACUCGGCAAAAAACAUUGUAUUCAAAGAAGACUUGUUGCACCUACUGGAUACACCGCGUUCUCCUCGUUUAUCGUUUGGUUUCUUUACCGUUUUCUCCCUAGUCGGCUCCAGGCUGCGGCUUGGAGAACUCAGGCGCCACCAUUGAUCCCAGCAGCUGGAGCGGCAGCGAGAGUCCUGCCGAAGACAUCGAGAGGAUGAGCGACUCGGCCGACAAGCCCAUGGACAACGACGCUGAGGGCGUGUGGAGUCCUGACAUCGAGCAGAGCUUCCAGGAGGCCCUGGCCAUCUACCCGCCCUGCGGCCGCAGGAAGAUCAUCCUGUCCGAUGAGGGCAAGAUGUAUGGUCGGAACGAGUUGAUAGCCAGGUACAUCAAGCUGCGGACGGGGAAGACGAGGACGAGGAAGCAGGUGUCUAGUCACAUACAGGUCUUAGCAAGAAAGAAAGUUCGAGAAAUUCAAGCUGCCAUCAAGGUCACGAGCAUGGAUCAAACCGUGAAGGACAAGGCCCUCCAGAGCAUGGCCUCCAUGUCGUCGGCGCAGAUCGUCUCCGCCACCGCCAUCCACAACAAGCUGGGCCUGCCGGGCAUCCCACGGCCCGCCUUCCCCGGAGCCGCUGGGUUUUGGCAGGGUAUGAUAUCGACGGGCCAGCCCGGAUCCUCACAAGACAUUAAGCCGUUUGCCCAACAGGCCUAUCCUCUUCAGCCAGCAGUCACAACACCCAUUUCAGGGUAUGAGCCCCCCACAGCCCCGGUGCCCACCGCCCCUGCCUGGCAGGGUCGCUCCAUCGGGACGUCCAAACUGAGGCUGGUGGAGUUCUCCGCCUUCCUGGAGCAGCAGCGAGACCCAGACUCUUACAACAAGCAUCUCUUUGUGCACAUCGGACAGACGAAUCACUCCUACAACGAUGCGUUGCUGGAGUCGGUGGACAUUCGUCAGAUUUAUGACAAAUUCCCUGAAAAGAAAGGCGGGCUGAAGGAGCUGUUUGGCAAGGGCCCACAGAACUCCUUCUUCCUUGUCAAGUUCUGGGCUGACCUGAACUGCAACAUACAGGACGAUGCUGGGGCCUUCUACGGCGUCACCAGCCAGUACGAGAACUCGGAAAACAUGACCAUCACCUGCUCCACAAAGGUCUGCUCCUUCGGCAAGCAGGUGGUGGAGAAGGUGGAGACGGAGUACGCGCGGUUCGAGAACGGCCGCUUCGUGUACAGGAUAAGCCGGUCGCCCAUGUGCGAGUACAUGAUCAACUUCAUCCACAAGCUCAAGCACCUGCCUGAGAAGUACAUGAUGAACAGCGUCCUGGAGAACUUCACCAUCCUACUGGUGGUGACGAACCGGGAGACGCAGGAGACUCUGCUGUGCAUGGCCUGCGUGUUCGAGGUGUCCAACAGCGAGCAUGGCGCCCAGCACCACAUCUACCGGCUGGUGAAGGAAUGAGAGAGAAGCCCCACCCCCCACUCAUGACCCCGCCCC